AUGCGUCUUUUUUCUUUGAAUAACGCGCAUCAUCAUCAUCAUCGUUCGGCCAUCAUUGCUCGAGAAGAAGAAGAAGGAAUUUUAAGGUCGUCGAGAAGAAGACGAACGACGACGUCCGCUGCUUCUUUUUCUUUUUUGCCGAGGUCCUCGAUAUCGAAGAGGAAGUCUUUAUCUUUAAGGAGAUUUGAUGAUGAUGAUGAUGAUGAUGAUUUCGAGGAGCAAAGGAAAACGAAAACAGUUACCACCCGAGCAGCGAGUUUUGAUGAUUCUGUCGAUGACGAUACUCUUUUGAUGAAAAACGAGAAGAAGAGAGAAGACGGAGAAAAGGAGGAGGAAAAGAAGACGACGACGUUUGUGACGCCGCAGCGAGUGGAGAGUUGGACGGAACGGAAAUCGAGAUUCGAAAAGUAUACACAUCAGUUGGGGGAAGAAAAGAAGGAGAGAAAGAAGAAAAAAAUGUGCGAAGUGUGCGAGGGAGAAGCGAAAGUCGCGUGCACGCAAUGCUUUGGGUUCGGGUGGGUAAACGAAAACGAGCGAUUAGAAAUGAGCGAACAGGAGGAUUUGAAAUCGUGGUUUCCGAGUUGGUGCGGACACUGCAGAGGGAGCGGCGUUAUGUGGUGCGCGAGAUGUUUCGGGAGCGGCGAGUUUAGACACCCGAUUGGAUUUCGAUUGUUCGGGAAGGAGGAGGAGGAGGAGGAGGAGGAGGAGGAAGAGGAAGAAUAG